AUGGGACAUAUGGAGACUGUCAAGGACUCUGUCAACACUGACAUAUCUCCUUACUACAUACCUCAUCACUUCGUGCUUCGACAAAAGGCUGUCACUACGCAGCUGCGUGUUGUUUUCGAUGCCUCGUGCAAAACGACAUCAGGUCGUUCUCUCAACGACAAUCUCCUUACAGGACAGAAGCUUCAACAAGACAUAUCGGAAGAAUACCGCCUGUGCACGGUGACUUUCGGCGUUGCCUCUGCGCCAUUCUUGGCCUUACGGACAAUUCGUCAAUUAGCGAUUGAUGAAGCCAACGCAUUCCCACUUGCUUCGCAGGUGCUUCUCAACGAUGUCUUCGUUGACGAUGUCGUUACCGGUUCUGACAACCUAGAUGAUGCUCUCGCUCUUCAGCGUCAACUUACGUCUAUUUGCAAAGCGGGAACGUUCGAACUCCGCAAAUGGACUAGCAAUAGCUCCGAUUUCUUAUCGCAUGUUUUUAACAAUGACGAGACUUAUGACGACUCUCUCAUACUUUCAGCUCUUGACACUGACAAGUCUGUCAAGGUACUUGGACUCAAGUGGAAUUCUAAAUCGGAUAGUUUUACCUACCAGACAGAUACGCCUUCGCGUAAAUGUACAAAGCGUAUCAUGCUUGCAGAAAUUGCUAAGAUUUACGAUCCUCUAGGUUUUCUUAGUCCUAUAACUCUGUUUGCUAAACAUUUAAUUCAACUUCUGUGGGUAUCCGGUGUAGGAUGGGACGACGCUCCUCCACAAGGAAUCUGCGAUUUGUGGUAUCAGUUUCUUGAUGAACUUCCACUGCUACAAAACAUAGCGUUACCUCGUCAUGUUCUUCCAAGCACGCACAACGUGCAGCUUCACGGCUUUUCCGACGCCUCAGAAAAGGCGUACUCAGCCUGCGUCUACAUUCGCGUCAUAGAUGCUGAUGGUUGCAUCACGUCUCAUCUUCUUCUUGGCAAGACCAAGGUUGCGCCUUUGAAACGCCUUUCAAUCCCACGCUUAGAAUUAUGUGGUGCUCUGCUUUUAUCAAAACUGAUAAAAAAGGUAAUUACGGCUUACAGCUCAUAUUUAACUUUCGACGAAAUCUUCGCUUGGUGCGAUUCGUCAAUCACACUUGCUUGGUUGCGCUCAUCUCCUGACAAGUGGCGAACUUACGUUUGUAACCGCAUCGCGGAAACUACGAGUAACGUACCUGCUGCACAGUGGCACCAUGUACGCUCUGCUGACAACCCGGCGGACCCUGCGUCCCGAGGUGUUCUACCGUCUCGCUUGGACCAUCAACAAUGGUUCCAUGGACCCUCCUGGCUCUCUAAACCGCAGCCCGAAUGGCCUAUAUCUCACGUCAAUUGUCAUACUGACGAAGAACGUCGCAAACACACUCUCGUCACUCAGAAGAGUGAACCCACUCUCGAGUUCAUCGAGCGAUUCUCUUCGCUGCCCAAGAUGCUGCGCAUCAUGACUUUACAGUGCAUACUUGCACAAACUUACUGGAUUCUCUGCGCUCGCGACGCAGUCCGUAUGCGCACACGCCGCUGCGUGCGUUGCUUCCGCGCGCGACCGGUCGCUCGACAGCCGCCGAUGGCCCCACUACCGGCCGCCCGAGGAUCUGUAGUUGUGUUGAUCGACAACACGCUGCCGCCGCUGCAGUGGCGCCUGGCGCGCGUGCAGCAGCUGCACCCGGGCUCUGACGGUGUUACUCGCGUCGUGACUGUGCGCACCGGUAAUACCCACUUCAACCACCAGUACUCCAACAAUCCUACAUACGUAUACAUAUAA